GCGCAGCAGUUCUAAUGUACCCGCAGCGGUUAGAAUGGAAAAGCUGCAGAAUUUAAGGUGGACUGGAGAGUUCGAUUAAGAAGCUGGCGGACAAGAAGCCAACUUCACCCUCGGCUUUUGUCGCGUGGAUUCAACCUCCUAAAAAACAUUAAUCACCGCGAUAAAAUAAUCAUUUAGCGAUCUUUAUGUCUUCACUGAAAUUAAAGCUCAACCGAAACCGAUUAGGAGUUGAUCUGUACGAAGCUCCGAUGAGGCCGCGGAAGCCGAACUGGUCGACGGAGCAGAAGCUGCUGCUGGUGCAGCUGGUGAAGGCCCGGCGGAUGGACCUGCUGACCGGCCGGCACUCCUGCCGCGAGAUCGCCACCAACCGGCGGUGGGCGUGGGACGAGAUCGCCGAGGAGAUCUCCACCGCCCACCCGGACGUCCCGCGCACCGGGAAAGAGUGCGAGAGGCACUGGUUCGUGGAGCUCGCUAAAGCUAAAGAGGCUAUGCUAACCCAUCCGUCACCCACAGAUCACGUCAGCCCCGUUACCAAGGUCGUGCUGGAUAUUCUCAAAAUACAGAGAAAGGAGGCGGAGCUUAAAGACAGAUUAGAGGAGGAGAGCAGCGUGAUCUUCGAGGAGGAUCAGGUGGAGGUGAAGUACAUCCCCUCUCCGGUUCCUCCAAUCAUGAACAUCGAGCUUCCUGUCAAUCAUAUAAACCACGAUAUCGUCAGACACGAGAUUCCUCCUGUGAGUCCUCCUCGCUCCCCCUCCCCCUCCCCCUCCGCCUCCGCCUCCGGCGAGAAGACGGAUCUGGAGAUGGCGGUUCUGCGGCGUCAGGAACGGGUUCUCCAGCUACAGGAGGAAUAUUACUCCCUCAAAAUCAAACACCUGAAAGCCCGGAUGCUGAUGGAUCUUUGAUGUGAGAGAAGAUCCGCGCGGAAACUGACUCUUAUUGCCUUAAUAAACACUAGAACUCCGGUUUAGAACCUUUAGAACCUUCAGGACUGAAACUGCUGAACCAAAAGACGCCGAGCAGAACCUCCGCUUCCUCCUGAACCUUCAGCCCGAGGACCCGUGGUGAACUCCAGUGUUCAGAGUGUGAUAUGACACCUUUUCACCAGUAGAUGGCAAGGUGGAACUUUAUACUCUCAGUAGUGACUCUGUUUGAAGAUUAGAGGAGAAAUCUGAUCAGAGGUGGUUUCAGGUGAUCAGACCAGAUUUCUCUGAUUAAAUAGAAAUAAAAGUAGCAUUUCUGAAGUUAAAACUAGCUCCAGAUGUAGAUUUAUCUCAUUAAAACGUUCAGAUUCAAAGCUUUAGCUGGGAGGAACGAUACGCUGGUGAGUGAAAACAUCUUAAAUUUAGUGUAAAUAUCAAUAUCAAUUUCUUUUUAUAAUUAUUUAACUUAUUUCUACUAGUUUUAAACGUUUGUAUUCAGUGAAAUUUAUCUUAUUCUGUUUUUUUCAGCAUUUGUAGCAGCAUUGUGUCUUAAACAAGUCAAGAGACUUUUAUAGAAUAGAAUAAGAUAAUUAAUGUAGAUAUGAGUAGAAAUAGGUCAUUUAAUAACUAGAAAUAAGUAAAAGUAUCUUCAUGUUAUUUUAUGAUAUAUAUGUUGAACAUAUUGACUGGAUUUAAUAUGAUUUCUCACCAAAUGAACUCACAGCCCAGUUUUCAGUUCAGCCAAUCAGCCAUAAUAUUAUAACCACCUGCUGAGUGUUGUUUAGGUUGUUUAAGAUCUGUAAGUGAUAUAAAGUCCAAAAGGAUCAAACGCCUCCAUCCGGUCGGUACUGAGCAGUGCAUUCUGGGAAAACUCCACAGGACCUGUCUGAUGUUCUGGAGAUGUUCUGACCUCGUCUGCUUUCCAUUACAUGUUUGUUUCUUGUUAAAUUUACGGACUGUCCACUUCCUGCCUGAUGCUGCAGAUCCAGUAUCAUAUCAGAUCAUCAGGACUUUUAUUAUGACAGUAUUGUUCUGAUUAUAUUUGAUCGACUGUUUAAACAGGUUGUUUCAGCCCUGCUGAUUCUUCAGUGCAUGUUCACAGUGUUUAAAAAUGAAAUGAAAUGAUUUAAAUGAAUGAACAUGACGAAUAAACAACAUUAGCAGUCAGAA